AUGGCCUCUAUCUCUGCCAGCUCAGUACCACCUUCUGGGAUUUGGUGCCCAGCUGUGACAUUCUUCAAUCCUGUCACGGAGGACCUCGAUCUCGAAGCGCAGUCCAAGUAUUACGAGUACCUGAGUACGACCGGUCUCGCCGGCCUUGUCAUUCUCGGCACGAAUGCCGAAGCCUUUCUCUUGACGAGAGAAGAACGAUUCCAGCUCAUCCAAACAGCGCGGGCGGCGACCGGGCCGAACUUUCCAAUCAUGGCCGGUGUUGGAUCCCACUCGACGCGUCAGGUAUUGCAGUUGAUAGACGACGCAGCUCAAGCCGGGGCCAACUAUGCGCUGCUUCUUCCUGCAGCCUACUUUGGAAAAGCAACCACGCCAGCGGUUGUUGUGGACUUUUACGACCAAGUUGCUCGAGAGUCUCCUCUGCCUAUUGUCAUAUACAAUUUUCCGGGAGUUUGCAAUGGCGUAGAUCUGGACUCGGAGCUGAUCACCAAAAUCGUCAAGCGGAAUCCGGGAAAGAUCGUGGGCGUCAAAUUGACCUGCGGCAGCGUAGCCAAAAUCGUUCGCCUGGCAGCGAGCCUCCCUUCUUGUGACUUUGCUACGUUCGGUGGCCAGUCGGAUUUCUUGCUCGGUGGUCUCGGAGUCGGCUCGAGUGGGUGUAUCGCCGCGUUUGCGAAUGUGUUUCCCAAAACCAUUUGUCGAAUCCAUCAGCUCUACAGUCACGGCAGGAUUCGUGAAGCUCUGAAGCUACACCAGAGGGCGGCUUUGGCGGAAAGCCCAAUCAAGUCCGGGAUCGCUGCCACCAAAUACGCCGUGGCUACAUACUCGGCGCCGGCGGCCGGUAUCACAGAAUGUGAAGAAAAGCUCUUGCCUCGACGCCCAUACCAAAAACCCAGCGAAGAGGUCAAAGCUGGAAUAAGUCGGCUGGAGGAAGAGAAUGCGAGAUUGAAAGCAGCAGUCCGCCGGCAUGCGGCCGCUGGCGACACAACCAGCAUCAACGUCCCACCAUCCAAACAUAUCGCACCCACGCAGAAUCACGACGACCAUGAGCAGCAACAGGAGUUGGAAAGCCCCGGCAAUGCCGACGUGGUAAUAUCGAAUCCAUUGGUCGAGGAUCGUGCCUGGUUCGUGCAUGAUUCUACCUCGUCGCAGGCAGCCUAUGUCGGGGAGGCAUCAUGCACUGCCUUCGGCACCCGGUUGUACCAGUACCUCGACCGUAACACCUCUCCUUCGCCCAUUCCGCGGGCGCGCCUGGUGGGUGACGAAGUGCUAUCACAGAAUAUUUUCACCGAAUACACGCUUCCACCGCGUGCUCAUGCCGUGUUCCUCAUCCGUGUGGCCAUUCGUCUCGUGGGGCUGGACUAUCACUUGAUGAUGAGGAAGCAAAUCUUGGAACAGCUCAACCAACUCUAUGUCGGUCGGCUCACCAUAGAGCAGGAUCCCCUUCUGGCAUGCCGUCUCUUUACCAUUUUCGCUCUGGGGGAGCUGUACACCAACAAAGCAAAAGAGAGCCAAAAGGUUCAAGGCGCGCCAAACGUGCCUGGUCUGUGGUUCUUUGUCCGUGCCAUGAGUCUCUUUCAAGAGAUUCGUGAGGAAGCCACCGUGUCCUACAUCGAAGCCCUGCUCCUAAUCGUAAGUCGUAUAGAGACAGAUUCUGACUGGUCUCCCGUGGACGCACUCGAGACCUUGGGCAUCCCAAGUCCGGCUAACAUAUUUGCCCAGUCCAUCUACUCUCUAGCCUUGAACAGAGCAAAUUCGGCAUACGUCUACGCUGGAACCGCACUACGGUUGAGUCUAACGCUGGGUCUCCAUCACAACGUCCCUCAAAAUCAAAUGUUCAGUCCGAUCGAGCGAGAACGCCGCAUCCGAGUCUGGUGGACGGUCUACAUCUUUGACCGCAUUUGGAGUUCCAAACUAGGGCAUCCCAUCAUGAUACGAGACGACGACAUUGAUGUUGCCAUGCCAUCCAUGAAGGGUCUCAGCGCUGCAGAAAUGGCCGAGUUCUCCGAGCCCGAGCACCUUAUCGCCAAUGUGCAUCUAGCGAGGAUCACAGGAGAUAUUAUGAACCAUAUCUACAACAAAAACUGCCGCCGCCAGGUCUUCGUUCAAAGCGUGCAAAAAAUCUUACGCAGAUUGAGGUCAUGGGCCGAAACCCUCCCCGAGGUAAUUCGGCUACAGCAGGACCCAACUCGCAGGUACACGGCCAGGCAUGUGGCGUCCCUUCAUCUUUGUUUCAAUCAGUGUGUCAUACUUACGACUCGGCCGAUCUUGUUUUACGCCUUGAAAUCAAAGCUCCAUUCCAACUUCGAGGGACUAAAUGGUGAGCCACCACCACCUAUAUCGACCAUCACCACCGCCCUAGCUGAGGCGUGUGUUCAUGCCGCGCGAAGCUCGAAUCAAAUUCUCGACCAGCUUUGGGUCGAUGGCUCGCUUGCCACAUUCGGGUUUUUCGACGCGCAGUACCUCUUUUCGUCGACCUUGGUCCUGCUCAUUGAAACACUGUUGCGGCCCGACACGUCUGAUUCCGAGGCUGUGAGCACGGCGAUUUAUCUAUUGAAAACCAUCUCAGAGGAGGGCAAUCUACCGGCCUACAGAUAUUACGGCCACCUCAUGCAACUGCAAACAACAAUAACCGCCUUUCAGACAAAAAGCUUGCGACAACCGGGAGAAGGUCUGGAUCUGAUGCAGGACGGACUGGAAACAGAUGUGGCAGUCGAGUCUCUCCCGACCGCUUUGCCAGCACCCGUGGGGGACGGCCUGUGUCAGGAUGCCAACGCGACUUCAAACGCACUGAUUACUGGGUCUGCGCUCGACGAUCCCUUCCUCCAAAAUUUUCUCGCUUACUCGGAUUUACAAUGGCCAGCGACAAUUGAAGGUCUCGGGGCGAUUGGCGGUAGUUCUAUCUCACCUCCACAAUGGGUUUUCGAAUGGGAUACGCAGAACCAGGACCUCUCGCCGAGCAGAAAUGUUGGUACGGUGUCAUCUAAUGCUGCCACACGCUCACGUCUGGAUCUAGCGACUGUUGAGAUGCUUACCGUCGAAUGCAGUGGCACCCCUUAUGAGGUUGGAUAUGACCAUGGGCACGCCGCCAGACAUGCAAUUGCACGCUCCGUCGACUUUUACUCUGGUCUGUUUGUCCGUUAUAGUAAACGUCAGUGGCCCCAAGUACGGGAGGUUGCCCGUGAGUUCGGCGUCGAGAUCAGUCGACGAUGGCCUCAGUACCAUGAAGAGAUGCGAGAACAAGCCGAGUUGCAGCAGACUGAUCGCCAUGUGACCAAAGGGAUCGCCAGUGGAAGUCAGCUCGACUUACUCGACGUAAUCGCGCUGAAUGUGCGGACCGAGAUCGCUUUCGGGCUCUUCAGCGACGGAUGUACAAGCCUCUACUGGAGGACGAAGGGCAAUACGUUUCUUGCUCAGAACUGGGAUUGGAUGGAAGACCAAAAGCAAAACCUGAUUCAGUUGAGCAUCAUCCAACCUGGACAGCCCAUUAUCAAAAUGAUUACCGAAGCAGGCAUCAUCGGCAAGAUUGGUUUGAACUCCUGUGGUGUCGGAGUCUGUCUGAAUGCGAUCCGGGCGUCCGGCGUGUCCACGGCUGGCAUUCCAAUCCACCUAGGUCUGCGCAUCGCUCUCGAACAGACGUCCGCACGGGCCGCGGUCCAGUUACUGCAAGCUCACGGGAUGGCUAGUUCGGCCCACCUCCUCAUCGCCGACUCGGAAGACGCAACCGGCUUGGAAGUGACAGCUACCACCGUCUCAGGGCUCAACACGGAUGACCGAGGACGGAUACUCCACACAAACCAUCUGCUCGGUGUCCAUCCUGGCGUCACAGAGCCGAAAUGGCUACCAGAUUCCGAACACCGCCUCGAGCGCAUCCGUGUACUGACGGACGAGCUUAUUUCCAAUCUCGUCAGAGAGGCCUCUGCCGGCGCUGACUGUCGAGAACCGACGUGGAGGGAGGUGGAGUCGAUUUUCGAGGACGAAGACAACUGGCCCGCAGCGAUUUGUCGGUCCCCCAACCCCAGCCAGGGCAGUCACAGUGCCACUUUGUUCAACAUCAUCAUGGAUUUGAAGGCACGACGGGCCGUAGUGAGAGUGGGGAGACCGUGCCAGGAGGAUGAAAAGAUAGAGAUGAGCUUCUGA